CCGCCACGACGUACCUGAGGACCCGCCGGCGGCCGCGAGCGACGCGGAACCGCGAUACGGCGUCCGGCCUCCCGCCAAAACCAGCCGCGGACGUGCGGACGGCAACGUAAAUAGUCCCGGGACAACAAAGUGCUGAUAAACAUGGAUCGUUUAUUGGAGGAUCCACGGGCUUCAUCAAAAUUUGGUUGAAACUUUCAUUUGCAACAUGGGAACUUAGAAGAGACUUUGUUAAGUUCCCAAUAUUUGCCUUAGUGCUAGUGCUCUUCAAAGAGGAUUAGAGACGAUUCUGUUCAACGGUGAAAUAUUUGUGUCAGUAUGUCUUAAAAUGGGUAGUGAGAAAAUUUUAACAAUGAUUUAUUUAGACAUUCGUGGAAGCAGUGCAUUUAGAUAUGUUCAGUUGAUUUACAUUUACUGUAUAUCGUAAGCAAGUACCUGUAGCAUGCCUGUGUGGUGCCCAACAUAUUGUACUGUCCCACGAAACGAGGAAAUUUAGGAACACUAAAACUGAUUUUGAUUUUCUUUUUUUUUUGUCCAGGCUGUAAUGCCAGAACGAAUCAAACUCAAAAUGAAUGGGGUUGUACCGAGUGUGCCAAUAACUACCCUCGCUGGUAUUGCGAGUCUCACGGACUUAUUACCUGAAAUGCCCCUGCCGACUCCGCUGCCACAGACUCUGACUAAUAAGUCGUUGCUGUUUCAUCCACGAGUAGCAGAGGAGGCGCAAAUAUUGCUGAGCGUUCGUGAUGAAAAUCUCGUGCCACAGUUAAUAAUGUCACUGUCACAGACAUCGUCGGAACAUAUUGAGCUCAAGGAUAAUUACCCGAACACCGAACAAUCGUUGGAAAAUGAGCAAAACACGCCUGAAUUACUUAAGGCGAUCUUGCAAAUAAACCCUGAUGUAUUUAGAGGAACCCAGCACAAUUCUCCAAGAAACUGGACGCAAGGUGUGCCUAUGUUGCACGCGAAUCAAUCGCCGGCGAGCUAUGGUCGUUUUUCGCCGUCUUAUUCGAGCUCUUCGGGCUCCAGACAAACACCCCAAGGAAGUCCGGCUCAUUCCGCGGCAGCUAGGUCCGUACUUCCGCCGCCGGUGGCUAGCGGCAUUGCUCACGCGCAACAUCCGCGAAUGCCGAUCACUCCGCAGAAUCAUACAGACAUCUCGCAGAUGUCUCCUUUCGCUGUGCCUUCUCCGUCGCCCAGAAGCAACGUUAUGACCGAACAAACAAGAACGUUGACAACGCCCCAGCAUAUACAGGAGGACACGAAUUGUAUAAAUCCCUUAUCGAAUGUAACUCUUCAACCGAACAUGUAUUCGCCGGCCCACAUGAACUCUCCGAAUGCACCAAUGGCAUCUCUUACCAAUAUGACACCCCAGCAUAACAUGGCUAGUAUGACACCGCAACACAAUAUACACAUGACAUCCCCAAUGCGCAAUAUACCUUUGCAACAACAUUCGGCAAUGGGUAUGCAGCAGAAUCUUUACGAUUCUAUGUUGAAUCAACAAGUUCAUCAAGCAUUAGGCAGCGGUCAACCAUUAGACAUCGACAAUGCGGUUCAAGAAAAUCAACAAUUUCUUCUCGAUCCGGUAGCCGGUCUUUCCGAUAUUGAUCUGCCGAUGGAAAACAUUGACACGAAGCAAAGUGUUGAUCAUGCGAUACAACAUUUAUUACCGACUUCUCAGACCACGUCCUACCCGAACAUACAUGCUACCGACAUGGUUAAUACUUUAGAUCCAGUUGCGGUUAGCAUGGCGCCCAAUGUACAACAUCAACAGAACAAUAAUUCGGAGAAAAGUAUGAAAUUUUCUGGAGCAGAGAAGCUGAAGGAACCCAUUGUUAUGUUAAAUAGAUUAUCGUUAGCUGAUCAGGCGCUUAUGCAGAAAAGUUUAGCGGCGUUUGCAGAGAAAUCGCCGAGUCGCGCGGCAAAAAUGGGUAUUUCUAAUCGUGAUGAUGCAAAAACCGACUCUGAGAGCGAGGAGGAGAUUGGUAAGAAUAACAAGUACUUUAAGGCUCGCGCGAAAGAGCGGCAGGUGCAACGAGAGAAGGAGAAAGCGGAGCGGCGAAAAAGCGAGGACAAGGGCCGCAGGCGAAAGAAGAUACCGGAUGACGACGAGGAAGAUGAUAAACGAGAUUCAUCGUUAUCGCCCACAAAACCAAAAAUACGCAAGAUUGAGAAGAAGUUAGUGCCUGUGUUAGCCAAACUGAGCGUGGAAGAAUUAAUGGAGACGAAUACGUAUCAACGAUUUAAUUCGGUCAUAGAGACGAUUUUUGAGAAUACCGAGGAUAUUACAGCGAACGCUGAUUUAGAGGACGAUGGCGAAGUCAUUCCGGAGAUGCUUAUUCCCAAGUAUCAACUACAUGAUCUUUGUACAGAAGCGGCCAAACUCAAAACAUUGGGUGCUAUGGAAUCGAUACCUACAGAUAAAUUGGUGAGACUCUUGAAUAUCCUGGAAAAGAAUAUACGAGACGGCGCGAGGGUGUCACCGCUUGUGGAUCCAGACGACGACGUUGAUGAAGGACGAUUAUGGAUGCAAUUGGCGAUGGAACGGGUACAGCGCGCCGUGGAUGCGUCGUUAAUCGCGUUACAUAUUAUGACCUCUAGCAACAUGCCGAAAACAGUUUACUUGGAAGAUGUGAUUGAUCGAAUAGUCCUUUUCAUGAAGUUUCAGCUGCAGAAUACGAUCUAUCCUUCUUUUGAUCCCGUAUAUAAGGUAGAUACAAAGAACAAGACUGACAAUUUUAAUUCUAGCGGACGCAAGAAGCGAGGACAUACGAAGGAAGUACGUGAGAAAAGUAUCCUACAGGUUUACAAUAAAUUGCAUGAACUUGUAGGUCUGUUGGCUGAGCUAUUGAAUAUACAGGUUCUAACAGACACGAGCGUUCUGCAUGCAUCAUCAUUGGGUGUUGCGCCGUUUUUCGUGGAAUCGGUGAGCGAUCUUCAGUUGAGCGCAUUGAAACUUGUUACUGUAAUAUUCACGAAAUACGAGAAGCAUAGGAGACUAUUAUUGGAUGACAUUUUAGCAUCAAUUGCACGAUUACCUAGCAGCAAAAGGAGCUUACGCACAUAUAGGCUCAAUUCUGAAGAUUAUAUACAGAUGUUGACCGCAUUGGUUCUGCAAUUAAUCCAAUGUGUGGUGGUUCUUUCGGAUUCCAAAUCAAAAGAGGAUGACGAGAAGAAACCCAGUCAUGUAGAUUCUGACGUCUUUGUCAUCAAUAAAUACGAGACCGCUACCAGAAUAGCUGGAAAUUUUUUAACGGUAUUUCUCAAUAAAUGCGGUAGCAAAGGCGAAGAGAUCGAUUAUAGGCCGUUAUUCGAAAAUUUCGUGCAAGACUUACUAGCAACAGUGAAUAAACCCGAGUGGCCCGCUGCUGAAAUGCUGUUAAGUCUUCUUGGAAACCUGUUGGUAGGACAUUUUUCUAACAAGAGCUCCGAUAUGUCGCUUCGAGUAGCUUCCAUUGAUUAUCUUGGCGUGGUAGCGGCCAGAUUGCGCAAGGAUGCAGUCAAUUCACAAUGUAAAUUGUCGACUAUCGACCAAAUUAUACGAGACAUCAAACUUGAGCAGCAAAGGGACUCGGAUUAUGAUCAGAUAAAGGACAAGGAGAUUGUAGGAUUGAGCGAGGAUGAAGAGAGGACCGUAUUUCUACAAAAAGUACUUCUGGAUUAUCUGGCCGUCAACGGAACAAAGGAUCCGGCCCUCGGAUACGCGCGUCACUUUUAUUUGGCCCAAUGGUAUCGGGAUUGCGCGUUGGAGAAGUCCCGGGUAGGUCAGCCGAAAAACAGUCCGAGCAAAAAGAUGCAUAAGAAACGAGGAAAGAAGAAAAAUCGGCAUCACAGCAGCGAUCAAGAUACUGAGUCCGAAUUGGACGAACAAGACCCAGAUGAGAACGACAAUAACGAGCAAAAGAAUUCGGAUGCUUACCGAAUUAUAGAAGAGAAGAAGAAGUAUAUUGUCAGUAGAAUAAGGCCGUGCAGCACAGGAACGAAACCGGAUAUCCUUCAGACAUACAUCGAUUACAACUCUGCGGAAUUGAUCUCGCAAUAUCUCGCGUCCAAGAGACCGUUCUCGCAGAGUUUCGAUAGAUAUCUGAAGCAGAUUCUUCACGUGCUAACGGAAUCAUCAAUUGCCAUUAGAACUAAGGCAAUGAAAUGCCUCACGAUGAUCGUCGAGGCUGAUCCAAGCGUGUUGGCGAGAGUGGACAUGCAACUAGGGGUGAAGCAUUCGUUCCUUGAUCAUUCAACAUCCGUGAGAGAGGCAGCGGUUGACUUGGUAGGAAAAUUUGUAUUGAGCAGACCCGAAUUGAUUGAUAAGUACUAUGAUAUGCUAUCGGCGAGAAUCCUGGAUACUGGAGUAAGCGUUCGGAAACGUGUCAUUAAGAUUCUCAAGGAUAUCUGUAUGGAAUGUCCAGAUUUUCCCAAAAUUCCAGAAAUAUGUGUGAAGAUGAUAAGGAGGGUGAACGAUGAGGAAGGUAUUCGGAAGCUUGUUAUGGAGGUUUUCCAAAACAUGUGGUUUACCCCAGUGAGAGAACGUCCCACUCUCGACUCAGAAUCACUGUUGAGGAAAGUGAUGAAUAUCACGGAUGUCGUAGCAGCUAGCAAGGAUAUGGGGCUCGAGUGGUUUGAGCAGCUCCUGGUAAGUUUAUUUAAACCAAAGGAGGAUAAAGACGACAGCACAAAGAUGCAGACAGAACCGCCGCGGGCCUUACUGACAGCGUGCAAGCAGAUCGUGGAUUGCUUGAUCGAGAACGUACUACGGCUGGAGGAGACAAAUUUAGAUUCAGAGAAAUUAGAAAAGAAAGGCUCGUCACAGAGGUUAGUCGCGUGUCUAACUACGCUCUAUUUGUUCGCGAAGAUUCGACCACGACUGCUGGUCAAUCACGCGAUCACCUUACAGCCUUAUCUGAGUUUGAAAUGUCAGACACAGGGUGACUAUCAGAUCAUCAGUAGCGUCGCACACACGCUCGAAUUAGUGGUGCCUCUGAUGGAACAUCCCAGUGAGACUUUUUUAGCACAAUUGGAAGAAGACUCAGUGAAGUUAAUCUUGCAACAUGAUAGAUCGGUGGUUGCGAGCUGUCUAUCGUGUUUGGGCUCUGUAGUCAAUAACGUUACGAGAAACUAUAAACUGAUACGAGACUGUUUCAAAAAAUAUUAUGGACAUUUAACAGAGUACAAAUCAUUUUACGAAAAGGAUCCAACGAACCCCAUGCUAAUAAGAUGCAGACCGUUUUUCCGACGAGCGCUGUUUACUGUUGGCUUAUUGUUACGUCACUUUAACUUCACAGAUCCAGAGGUGAUAGAGGGUCUAGCGAACAACAUCAAAGAUCAGGUUUUUGAGACACUUAGUUAUUUCGUUCAUUUGGAUAAUGACGAUAUUCGACACUUUACGCUGUCGGCUAUUGGUUCUCUCUGCAUACGACAUUAUGAAUUCAUGAUGUUACCGGAACUGAAAGAACUCUACCAUCAUUUGCUUACAUCGGAGUACGCACUGGUCCAUAUGAGAAUCCAGGUACUCAACAACAUCGAAGUAUAUCUGCAAGAGGAGGAGAAGAGGAUGAUCAAGCAGGAUCAAGAGUGGGCAAAAUUGUCAAAACAGGAAAACUUGAAGGAAAUGGGGGACGUGUCGUCGGGCAUGGCAAGCACUGUUAUUCAGCUCUAUAUCAAAGAGAUUCUUGAAUCUUUUCUGCACGCCAACGUAAGCGUACGACAUGCAGCUCUCAAAGUUAUCCAGUUGAUCCUGGCACAAGGUCUGGUACAUCCCGUUCAGAUAGUGCCCUAUCUAAUCUGUAUGAGUACCGACUGCGAGAAAGUCGUGAGUCACAGCGCAGAUAAACAGUUACAGGAUAUCGAAAAGAAAUAUCCGGGCUUCAUCCAUAUGAAGUCGCAAUUUGGCAUCAAGUUGAGUUACCGGCUGCAAGAAAUCCUGCAAAAUAGCAUCACGGUGAGAGGUAUGCGAACGAAGGAUGGCGAGUUUCCGGGCGCACUCAACGGUUUCCUCUAUACGAUCUUACGCAACACGAAACAGCAGAGGCGGGCGAUUGUGUUAUCUUUUCUCAAGCACUUUGACGAGGCUGCCAAAACUAGUCUGUCGCAGAUGCUAUACUUGGCGGAUAAUCUCGCCUACUUUACAUAUCAAGUACAGGAUGAACCACUCUUCAUAAUCCAUCACAUUGACAUCAUCAUUUCUAUGUCUGGAACAAAUUUACUACAAUCUUUUAAAGAGGCUCUACUCCCUAAAGAAGGGCAAUCUAGGCAUAUAUCGGCGCAGCCGAUAGGACAGCCGAUGGAACAGCUGAUGGGACAACCGAUGGGACACCUGAUGGAGCAGCUGAUUGGACAACCGAUGGGACAACCGAUGGCACAGCAGACAGGACCAACAAUAGUAAUGGGACCGGACGGUCAACCAAAACCCGAUCAGUUGAUGUCGGCUUUGGAGGACGAAGAGGAUGAUGAAGAGGACGAAGAAGCUCUUCUCACCAGAUUACCAGGCGAUACCACUUUGCUCAGGGAGUAUAUUACCGCCAGUCAAGGUUUUUUGCUUUUAUUAACGCUUCGGCAACAUCUUAAAGACCUUUACGGUUUUUCUGAUGCAAAGAUCGGCCAAUAUUCGCCGUCGGAAGCAGCCAAGGUUUAUGAAAAGGCGGUAAAUCGCAAGAACAAUCUGCUCUUCGAGCCCAAGGCCACAUUACAGAGGUUGCGAGAAGUUGUGACAAACGUCAACGAGGAGCUAGACAUAAACGGCAGGAAGAAGCUCGUGAAAGAGUACCUGGAUUUUAAGCAGCUGAUGCUCAAAUUUGAUCCUGAGGAACCGGAUGACGAUGGUGGCAACGACACCGCCGAUACUAGCGUUAAACACAGUGCAGAGAAUCCGCAAGCGGCAAGGAUACUGUCGCAUCCUGAGGCUGACGGUAGGACGAUAGCGGACGGUGGUGUCAUGGGAAAUGCCACCGCCAUGGUUAUUGCGGCUGGCCAGCAGCAAUUUCAGUUACCGCCGCAAUCUAAUCUGACUGCUCCGAUGGAGCAUCCGAAUAAUUCAGUAAAUUCGAUGCCGCAUAUGGCAGCAGCGGCAACUACAACGACGACAGUCGUAGCGACACCGGCGACGACGCCGCGAGUCCCGAAGCUGACGAUACAUACCCAUCCGGAUGCGAGAGAGUCGCACCGGAAGCACCGCUCGCACAAGACGGACAAGUCAGUGAGGAAGCACAAGAAGAAGAAAAGGAGAAGAAUCUCCGAUAGCAGUGACAGCGGCGAGGACUACAGUGACCCUGACUUCCUAGUGUGAGUGCGGUGGUAUAUCUCGUCCUGUGUGUACAUAUAUAAGUGUUCGCGAUGCGUGUGUGAUCGGUCGGCUGGAAUAACUCUUGUUCCGCGCGGCCAAAACUUGGACGCUAUUACAGCGCAGUUGUCCUUUUCCCUCGUCAAAACGACUCUUUUUCCUAGAUCUUCGAAGUUGUGCUACAUUUUCGAAGACGGUUCCGAUGAAGGUACGGUUCCGCCAGGAAAUUGCAUAGAGACUAUAAUUACUAUGUGAGAAUGUACGUAAACGAGAGAAAGAGAUCUUCAAUAGAAAUGAUAGCCAGAGAUUUUUAAGUGCGAUCGAACGUUGAGGUAGGACUAGCGUGUUGUUGACCGAAACGGCGGGCGUCUGUGAGGUUUAUCGAUCCGCCAUGCCGUUGUUAGCGAGAUCGACUCGUUAAAUAUUUCGUGCAACCGGCUCGAGAACAUGGUUCGUUCAAAUUAGCUUUUGUUCCUUCCUCGUCUUGAAUACAGCCAUUUUUGACAUGCGAAAGCUUCUUGAUUGUAUUUAAAUGACAUUCAUAAAUGACGAGAAAUGUUGGAAGUCAUAAAAUAUCUGGGCCUCUUCUGUACAUACUUUCUGUUUUUAACGAUAGUUGUCGGUAUCGUUGAGCAGGUUUUUGCCAUAUAAAAUAUUUGCGCAACGACAUCGGCAACUAUCGUUCAGAACAAAAAGCGUGUACAGAAUAGGGGGGUUCUGAAAAGAAACCUUCCACGAACCAAGUUCUCCGAGAAAUAUAAGUACAAUAAAUUACAUUCGAACAAAAUUCAUCUGUAAAUAAUGUCACAUAAUUUCUUUUUACGGAUGAAAAAAUCAGCGUGAAGAGGAAAAGACUACAAAACUGUGCAGUUUGAAUCAAUGAUAUCAAUUUAAUUUGUCAUUGCUUCCUCUUCUUUCCUUUUCAGACUGAAUUUGAAUAAAGUAAACACUGCUUAUUUCGAUAAUGCUAACUUAUUAAUAUUUAGAAAUUUGGCGAUUCAUAGAUAUAUAUCAAAAAAUUUUUUACUGCGUUUGUUUCAAUGUUUGAUGAAAUUAAAAUGUAUGAUUUAUAUUUUCGUAAUGACUAACAUUUAUACUAAUGUGUUUUCAAUAACAUAUUAAAUUAAAAAAAACUCAGAAAAAUAAAUUGCUGUGUUGGAACGUUUGUCGAUACAACAAUAAAUUUAAUAGAAAAUUAAAUCUGAAUGUAUGGUCUAUUAAUAAACUGAUAGAUUUAUAGUAAAACAAGGAAUUUUUUUUGUUAUAACAAAGUUUGUUUGAAAUAAUAUCAAUUUCAAUAUUUAUCUAAUAUUAACAUCUACUACUAUUAAAAAUCUUAUUAAAAUUAUUAUAUUAAGUAUUUAAUUAUAUAUUAGAGAUAAAUGAAUUUAGAGAUCUUGAUUUCGAAAUUGAAUAGAAAAUUUAUCUUCAGCAAAAAGUAUAACUUCUAAAUAAAUACAUUAAAGACUCACAGAAAGUCAAAUGUUUAAUUUUCAAGUAUAUUUGAAAAUUUUAGAGGUCAGUAUUAUCGAUAUAAGCGGUAAUUACUCGCUUUUAAAGAGCGAUACCAAAUAUCGAAGAUACACAAAAUUUAGCAGACGACACGAAUCGAUGGAGAGCGGAUUCGUAUAGAUCCUCCUCUGCAGUAUGUAUAAUAAUAGAGUAGCAAGACGCAUUGCCUACGCAUUACGAAAUGUUUGUAAUAUCUGUACAUAAAAAUCUUCAAGUAAAGUAUCUUAUUUUCUUACAAACUAUAUAGCGGUGACAUUUACGAAGAAUACUUAAGAUUUUGUUGUAAUAUUAAGUAUUUAUUCAGGAUUCAUGUUGUCCCAAUAUAGUUUGCUUCAUGCACUCAUUCGUCCUUGGUGUACGAUGAAAACGAUAAAAAAAGGAAAGGAAAGAACAAAAAUAAAAAGUUAUCGUUUUUUUUAUACAAGCUUAUAGAGAUAAACGAUAGUAUGUGUGUAUGGCGUAUUCUCUCGAUGAAAAUGAAAAGCGGAAUACAUUGGCGUAAGACGACAAAGAAAUGCGAAAAAUGUAAAAAAUGGCGUGAGCUAUUAGAAGAAUGCGAUUCUAAAAUUUGAAUUACAUUUGGAAAUUUAAAAGCCAAAAAAAUUUUUAAUAUUUCUUUUAAAUAUUUAUAAGAUUAGUAGAAUUUUUUCCAAAAUAAUUUGUAGGAGACGCAAUAUUUAGUUGUUUACAAAAUGAUAAAAAAAAUUUUGUGAACAUUAUUUUCUACAUUUUCUUUUUACAAACGAACACAGUUUUAGGAUCGCAAACUUCGCUUUCGUCUUCGUUUCCAUAGUCAGUUGGUAUUGCACCUGUAGAAAAAUAUUGAUUUGUCGAACAAUACAUAAGCAGAAAGAGCAUCUUUUCCUUGUCGUGCCUACAAAUCUGAACGUUGUUAAUACUAGAUUCAAGAGCAGCUGUGACUUUAAGUAUCGUAAAGAAAUUGUAUUGUAUGACUUUUCAUUGCGAAGUGAGUAAUUUUUUUUUAUACAUUUAUAGUUCAGACAUGUAUGGUACGAUAAAAAAAAAGAAUUGAGGAGACGAGAGAUAUCAUUACAUAGUGCCAGGAUACAAAUGCGAAAUAGACCGCUGAUUCUCUCAUUGUCCGAACACUUAACGUAUUUAACACCUAUUUAUUGGGAUUUUAUAAUACCGAAUAAUGAUAUCAUGCGCAUCUCUUCGGCUUGGAAACGAAGACAAUGACGAGUCAAACGCUUCCAUUUUUAUUCCAAAUCUGUUUCCGUUGUUCCUUGUAGCAAACGCUUCGAGGCAUUUGUUAAUGACAAUUAGUUAACAUAUAUCUCGCAGUAAAUGAUUACAUGGAGCUUUCAUAUUUUAAACAAUGCAAAGAAAAAAAAUUCAAUGGAUACUAUAAUAAUAUGCAUUCAGAGCAAUGAAAAUGCUGAUCCAUUAUAUUGUUAAAUUUUCUUUUUUGUUUUGGAAAAUCUUUGAGAGAUAUUUUUGUUACAUAUCAAUUUUUUAUGAACAUUUUUAUUUCCCCUUAGAAGAAAAUGCGAAUCAUAGAAGAAAAUUAUUAAAUUAUCUGUAUCACAUGGAGAAUCCAUUCAGUUUUAUGGUUUCAGUUUCUAAAUACAGAAAAUUAAUUUAUAGCUUUUGAUUUUACAUAUAAUUAUUAAAUUUAUUAACAAUUUUGUCAGAUGUGACUUGUAUGAGCUUAUCUCAUGGAGAAAACAUUCUUUUUCGAGGAAGUGUUUAUCCGAGCGAAGCGAUGCAUUUACAUUUGAUUAUGAGAGACUAGGCAAAUUUUCGCACCGUUUGUGGAUUUGAUAACUUUUUUGACAAAUGUAAGUUCUAGGCACGUGUUCUUUUAUAUAUUUGAUUUAUGACUAACUCGCGCUUUACCGAGGCCCAGAUGUACACCCGUCUAUAUCACGUCAAUAAAUCUGGCAGCAAAACGUGUAUGAAUUCAUUCGUUUAGCACUAGGGAUGCAUAUUGUCUACGAAGCGCACGUAAAAAUUUUGCCUGCCGGAAAAAACUCGCGCGUUCUACUUUCUUUAUCUUCCUUAUUCUUAAAAAAAAUUCUUGAAACUAUUUUCUCCAUAUAAAAAGUAGAGAAAAUUACUCUCUUUUUACAAAUUCUUCCAUGGAAUAUUUUGAUAAAUAUGCUGUCUAUAGAAAGAAAUCUAUUUGUCGGAUGUACUAACAAACUUGGGCCACGUGCGUUUUUGAUAUUUAAAUAUUAGUGAAAUUCGGUUAUUAGGCAUAUUAACUUCUCUUAGAAAACAAGAAAAUGACAUGUCUCGUUUUAAAAAUUCGAGAUAAAAAAUAAUAUAUAAAAGACUGCGUAACACCAGAUUUUUACAAACGACGACUAUCGGAUCCGAGAGAAGGCAAAAUGCGAAUCGUAAUGUACGUACAGCAACCGUUGCGCGUUGUUUGGUCGCAACGCGCACAAAUCCCGCACAAAAUCAUUCGUCGUAAAAUCAUUUUCUCAAUUUCAAAAUAUUAAAAAUUGAUUUUGCGCACGUGACUUUGCUGUCGCUUCUUAUAACUAUUCGCAUAUUUCUUAUUAGCUUUUCUUGUUUUAUAGAGAUUGCGAAAUUACGACAAAAAAUUUCGAUAGUCAGUAAAAUUCAAAAAUUUGUAUUCUACUUCGAGGUCUCUCCAAAAUAUAAUUAAUUUAUUAGUUUUAUAAUGUAUCAAAUAGUUUUAUAUGAGUUAAUUCGCUUUGCCUGAUAUAUAUAUGUAUAUAUAUAUAUAUAUCAUUAUUUAUCAAUCGGCGAAUCAAUUAUUAGACUUCGGCGUGAGAGGCUUGAUUGCGGAGGGACUCGGUUUUUCUUUUUGUAAUUGCAAUGUGAUCGGUAAUAUGUGCACAAAAUAAUUUAAGUGUCUGAUUUUCUAAAGUACGAUAUCAGUUUGUCGGGCACUAAAUUGUGCAAAAAUCUAUAUUCACAACAAUUGUGAAAAUAUUCGCAAUUAUUGUGUAUAUACAUAUCUUUAUGUGAAAAAUGUUAUUAUUUUAGCGUUCCGUAAAAAUAUUAAUAUUUUUCCUGCGUAACAUUAAAAUAUUUCAAUUUUCAUGUUGCGAUCAUUGUAAUUAUCUAAAGUUACAUUAGCUUAUAUGUCAUCCCACGUAUUACAAAUUACUUUUUUUGUCAGAAAGUCACACGGUGUGAAUUGUGGGGUCUUGUUUCUGAAUUUGUACCGUCCUCGAAGCGUGCAAUGCUAGAGUUUAAGCGAGAACUUAUUUCCCAUGUUCUCUUCAGAAAAUUCUCUCAGAAAAUUUAUCGAAAGGAAUAAUUUAUUAAUUAGAUAUUCUAAUUGAAAAAUAUAAGCAAGCUUUACAAGAAAAUCAGAUUAAUUGAUUCGGCGAUAUUUUUUACUUUGGUAAAAACGUCUGUCCACAAAUAUGGAUUUUUCUCGCAGACUGAUAAUUUUAUAAUAUUGCACUUUGAACCGAGUUGUAUUACAUAAAGAAAAAAAGAAAUUUAAAGAUAUAUUGGUCCAUUCGACAACUAUGUCGAAACACUUUCUAAAGCGCAUUCCGUAUGUCAGUAUGACAUCGGUUGGAGACUAUUACUGGUUCUUUUAUACCGUUUUUCUACCGUUUAACUACGUUUCUAUGAUCAUUGAAAAAGUUCUCUCUUCACGGAGAACGUAAGAAAAGUUGAAAACUUUUAAAAUGUAAACUGUAUUCUCUCGCGCGACUUUGAUGGCAGUUCUCUCCGAGGUCAGCCUCUUCAGUAUUGUCACGAAAAUUUUAGGAAGUCUUUCUUUUCGAAACCGUAUAGCUACGAUUAUACAUAUACAUAUAGUAUAUAUAAAUAUAUAUAUACAUAUGCAAUUAUAUCUGUAAAUAAUUCACGAAUGUAAAGAUUCUAAUAAAAUUUAUCAAUAACUCAUGCGUUCUCCAAACCCUCUCAGAAAAAUUUUCUUUUUUUCGCAGAUUUUUUCUUUUUCUUGCAUUAUUCAUAAAAAAUCGUACGAUUAGAUUAAUUUAAACAUUUCAUUUCGCUUACUUAUUAAAAAGGCUCAUAAUUUUAUUUCAUCAUAAUUUGUGAUUACAUAUUUUGUGAUUAUUCUACUUUGAAGUUUUCUUUUGAAACAUUGGUUUGAAAAGAGAAAAUAUAUGCACACAUUUUUCUCGAUGAUCAUCUAAUCGAUUUUUGCAUUUGAGAAAAUUUUUAUCACAAAAGGAAAUGCAUCAUUGUAAGAGGAAUCAUUGUUAUUCGAGAGGACGGCGGAAUCAUUGAAUACUAAUAGUAAAGCAUUGUAACAGGGCAAAAAUUAGUCUACCGAGACGAGAGAUAGCGCGAUACACAUGGACUUUACCGUUAAUUAAAAAAAACAAAAAACAAAACAAAUGUUAAUAAUACGUUAUAGGGGACGAAAGGGAGGCUUCACUGUACAAAUGUUCACACGUGUAUAUAUUUAUCAUUUGGGUUUUGGAAAGGUUAGUGAUAAAAAAGAAAUCGCGCGACAGUCGUUGCUGUGACGUGUGUAUCAAUCGAGAGAGCGUGAGUGAAACAGAGUAUGUGUUAAAUACGAUUUAUCGUUCGUUGUAAUAAAACAACCUCCUAAGUAUGCAUUAAUAAAUUCUAAAUAAUUAUAUUUCUACGUAUACAUAUAUAAAUAAAUAAAAACAAGAGUAUAAAUACAAAUAAAUAUAAAUACAAACACUAAAGCGAGAAACAAAAAAAGAGUACAUUAUAGGGUCUUUGCGCGUAUUCUCACAAAGAGUGAGAGAUGCCACUGUAUCGCGCCGUGUAGGAUUAUCCUGCGAUAUGUAAACAAUUAUAAUAAUAAUAAUAGUGAUAAUUAUUAAAGAGGAAUUUUAAACUACUGCGAGCGAACUGUCGUACUGUCGUCGAACUAUCAUAUUCGGCGCGAUACAGUACAUUUUUUUGUAUUAUAGCAUAUUAUAUAUAUUAUAUAUAUUGUAUCACUUAUGUGUUUUUGUAUUUGGUAACCUAAACGAAAGAAUAUCUGAAAUUAACGAACAGAAAAAGAUUGAUAGAAAGUAUAUUAUAUAUAUAUAUAUAUAUAUUUGAGUAAAAUGCCGCCGAGGGUUGAAGUUAUCCGAGAUGACGUCGACGAUGGUGAUCCUCUUCCCUUAUUCCUUUAUCUUUUUUUUGUUCCUGAAAAUAAAAUAAAAGUUAUGGAAACAAAAAGAGAACCGCAAUUUAUAAUAUAAUAUUGUAAAGCUGAAUAUGCGCGAAACGACGGUCCUGGAUAAAUUCAACACUCGUUUACUCAUAACUUAUUAUGUUCUUUGUCUGAAAGAAACAAAAAGGUACGUUCGUAAAGAAAAAUAAACAUAAGUAUAUAUCAA